UAUUGUCGUUAGGCGUUUACAGCCGGAUGAUAAUUGGGCAAGCACCGGUCUCAUCAUGGCGAGGCACCUUCGCUUCAUCGCUCGGACGGUGAUGGUCCAAAACGGGGACGUGGAUGCGGCGUACAAGACUUUGAACAGGCUCCUGACUCAGGAUGGCAUUGUUGACACAGUGAAGCGCAAACGAUACUACGAGAAGCCCUGCCGAGAGCGACAGCGAAAGAACUUUGAGAACUGCAGGCGUAUAUACCACACGGAGAUGGCCAGAAAAAUUGCCUUUAUCUCCAGGACAAACAGAGAAGAUCCUUGGCUCGGCUGCUAGGGACGUGGAGUGUGUUGGAAAAAGGCUGAUGGACUGGAUGAACACAAUGCCACUGCCUCGACCAAAAGGACUCGGCAGAUACAGACAAAAGUGGUGUUUAUGUUGUCACAUUGUGAACAGAAAAGAUGUGAUUUCAUUGUCUCCGUUUUGAACAUUUCUAAUAAAUUAAUGACACUUAGGA